UACAUACAAUAUUAUUGAAGAGAGAGAUAAAACUGAAAACCGUGUGUGCGAGAGAGAGAGAGAGAUUGUACAGUAAAUCAAGACUUCGGUACCGCCGUUUCGCGUCUGCUCAAGAAAAUUCCGUUUCACGGCGCGGCAGCGCACAGUAACGGUCGCACGUUCUAUCUAACUGUUACAACGGUUUAUUUUGUAUACGAAUUUACUAUUUUACCUUUAUUUCAUAGUUAAACUUUCGCCGAGCUUUUCAAGAAUAGAGUUUUAUCAAAGAGAUUGAUCUAGUCAUGGCAAAUAGAGGCUCGCUUUCUCAGCAACAAAUCAACGUUUCAGCUGAAGGGCGCGGUGCUGAGGAUGUUUUGUAUAAGGAGCUAUGGAAGGCUUGUGCAGGUCCAUUGGUAGAUGUUCCAAAAAGUGGAGAGAAAGUUUAUUAUUUUCCUCAAGGUCACAUGGAACAAUUGGACGCGUCUACAAAUCAGGAACUGAAUCAGAGGAUAACAAUGUUCAGGUUGCCUUCAAAGAUCCUAUGUCGUGUUUUUAAUGUUCACCUACUGGCUGAGCAAGACACCGAUGAAGUUUAUGUACAAAUAACUUUGAUGCCAGAAGCACGAACCGAGAAUGUAAGUCCUGAUAAGGUUCCUCCCGAGCAAUCGAGACCUGCAGUGCAAUCAUUUUGCAAGGUUUUGACAGCCUCUGAUACCAGCACACAUGGUGGAUUCUCUGUUCUCCGUAGACAUGCUAACGAAUGCCUUCCUCCCUUGGAUAUGAACCUGCAGAUACCAACCCAAGAAUUGGUAGCCAAAGAUUUACAUGGCACUGAAUGGCACUUUAAGCAUAUAUUUAGAGGUCAACCCCGACGGCAUUUGCUUACAACGGGAUGGAGUACAUUCGUUACUUCUAAGAGAUUAGUUGCUGGGGAUUCUUUUGUUUUUUUGAGGGGAGAGAAUCGGGAAUUACGUGUUGGAGUUAGGCGUCAUGCUCGUCAACAGUGCACCAUGCCAUCUUCAGUUAUUUCAAGUCAGAGCAUGCAUCUCGGUGUGCUUGCAACGGCAUCUCAUGCAGUUUCAACACAGACCAUAUUUGUUGUUUAUUACAAGCCAAGAACGAGUCAGUUCAUCGUAGGCCUCGACAAAUAUCAAGAAGCUGUAAAUCACGGUUUCAAAGUUGGCGUGAGAUUCAAGAUGAGAUUUGAGGGAGAAGAUUCUCCCGAGAGAAGGUUCUCUGGUACAAUAGUUGGGGUGGAAGAUAUUUCUCCCCACUGGGAGGAUUCGGACUGGCGAUCAUUGAAGGUUCGGUGGGAUGAACCUGCGUCCAUUCCAAGACCUGAAAGGGUCUCUCCAUGGGAAAUAGAACCCUUUGUGGUGUCAGUUCCCACCACCCCCGCGUUGGUUCAUCCAAUGGGAGUGAAGCAUAAAAGGCUUCGAUCACAAGCUGAAAUUCCAGUUCCUGGCUGGCUUAGUCUUUCAAAGUUCUCUCCAAAUAUGUUUUCUGAAGAAACCGAAGAGAGUAAAAGUGCCUCGGCAUGGCCUAUCUUUUCAAACAAUUCAGCUCAGGAUUCAGGAAAACUGAGCAAUACCCCAAUGUCACAUACAAAUAAUGAGAAGAGAGAGGCCACUGUUGCAACAUGCCGAUUGUUUGGUAUCAAUUUGUCAAGUCCCUGUGGCCGUCAUGAGGAUUUUCCUCCAAAACCAAUUGACAUAUCAAGCGAUAAUGGUGAUGGAUAUGGUCCAAGUGCACUUUCCUCGGUCAAUUCGAAACAAAAAUCGAAGGAUUCCAAAGACCUGAAGAAAGAGCAGUUUCAAGGACACACAAAGGAGGCUCAAAGUAGACACGGUCCCUCCACCAGAAGUCGAACCAAGGUUCAAAUGCAAGGAGUUGCUGUGGGUCGUGCUGUUGACUUGACUGCAUUGAAGGGAUACGAUGAGCUUAUAAGUGAACUUGAAGAGAUCUUUGAAAUAAAAGGGGAACUCCGGCCUCGAAACAAAUGGGAAAUUGUUUUUACAGAUAACGAAGGGGAUAUGAUGCUCAUGGGCGAUGAUCCAUGGCCAGAAUUCUGUAAUAUGGUGCGGAGAAUUUUAAUUUGUUCGACCCAAGACGUGAAGAGUAUGAGAACAGGGAACAAUACUCUUCCUUUGUCUUCUGACAAUGAAGGAACCUUCUUUAACUUGGAAGAAAAUUAAAAUCAAUCUCACCCUUUCUUUUCCAUUUUCCGUCUUUGUUUUUCUUUCAGAGUAAAUAGGAUCUUAUAGAUGAUCGAGGAGACUUGUUUGUUCAUAGCUCGGUUCGAGGAUCCUUUGACUAGAUUUCAUGUAUAACAAGAGUAUGCUAAUUGUGUAUUGUUAGAAUCUGUGUAUGUUAGGUGUGUUCCUGGCUAACAUAAAUGCCAACUUUUCUUACCCUAUGUUUGUAUAUACGAGUGGAUUUAGAAAUUUCAACAUUGAAUCAUGUGAAUUUAUGCAUUUUACUGUGGGAUUUCAGGAUC